UCACGGUUGGGUAUUUUCUCUGGUGACUAGCUCGCAUCAAUAGAUCUUCUAAUGUACACCCAGUCAGCCAGCAGCUUCAUGACUGAUGGGACUCUACCUCGCUGAUCUAUUUCAUUAUUGUCACCCGGACAUGAGGAGAAUGGAGAAACGGAGUACACGGCAUGAGGAAUGUCACAUGUGACCGUCGAUAUGGGACAGGGACGAUUCAAAUGCCAGAUGACCCUUCCCUGCAAUCACUUCACACGCAUGUUAAUUUCACUGCAGUUACAUAACAGAUAUUGUCCUUGAAGAUCGAUCCCAAAGAAAGUGACAUUGGAUUCAUGGAGUCACUUGAAACUACUGCAGGGGUGAAAACCCCCACAGAGGGUCAGGACGGAAACAUUGCACAGGCAAAAUGCACAUCGGAGGCUGCACAGACUGGGGGGAGUCCAUCGGGGGAACUGGAAGGCAAGGGGUGGCACCAACAACUGGAAGAAGCUCAGAGCCAAGACACCUGUGGUUUCAAAGAAGUAUCUGACUCAGGGAAAUUACUACAAUUAGAAGAUCAGCCCUCCCAGUCCACCCAGUCCGCAGGCCAUCCAGACUAUGAGGUGUCUUCAUAUCCAGUACAGUCCACAAAACAAUUUCCCUCCGGCAGACAGAAAGCUGGGGGCCACUUGGGUUCUGCACAGACUGCCGGACCCACCUCUCACAGGAAAUCAUCCGGUUCACUUGAAGUCCAACAACAGUGUUCUCAUUCAGAGAUGGAUGAGCUGUUGGACAAGGUGGAACCUGCGUGUAAGGUGGAUCAGAAACCACAAAAGCCUGGGAAGUAUGUAUGUGAUUACUGCGGAAGAGCAUGUGCCAAACCCAGCGUGCUUAAGAAACAUAUUCGCUCACACACUGGGGAACGGCCCUAUCCCUGUGUCCCCUGUGGAUUCUCCUUUAAAACCAAAAGUAAUUUAUAUAAACACAGAAAGUCCCACGCUCACUCCGUCAAAGCUGGAACAGUGCCAUUCUCAGAACUUGGUUCUUACAAUGCCAACACAGACCAGGGGUCUUUUGAAGGGGAAGGAGAAUUAUUCUCCGAUGCUGAGCAAAGCACGGACACGGACGAGGACACUCUUAACGACCCGCUGCUGCUGCUGGACUCUCCGGUGGAGGGAUCGGAUAACACUGCUGUAAAAGUACUGAAUCUCAUUGCUCAGAAAAAGGGAGCCACUUCGAUGUCAGCCCAAGAUGGUCCAUCCCAGCCUCAAGAAAUCAAUGCACCUUGUGCCGCUUCCGAGGCUAGCCGUGCAAUUCAAUCUUGCACAAUCAAACAGAGGCUUGCACUUCGGCUGUCUGAAAAAAGAAGCAGCGACUCGGAACACAAUCUGUCCCUUCCCAGUCAGUCCAGCAAGGGCAGCACGGACUCCGGCUACUUCUCUCGCUCCGAAAGCUCUGAGCACCAGACUGGUCCGCCCAACACCAAUGCCAAGUCCUAUCAAGAAAUCAUGUUUGGAAAGUGCUACAGGCCGAGCCCUAAACAGACGACGGUCUGCAGCACAGACUCGAGUGAAUACACCAGGAAGCGCUCAGAAAAAGGUGUUUCCCGUGUCUUCACCCAGGAGAAAGACACCGUGGAGUCGAUCAAAAUAAACACCAAGUCAUUCAUGAGGGAUGAGGUGAAAGAACCCCAGUCAGACUCUGAUGUGGGGCCUCUGAUCAGAAGCAACUCAAUGCCAGCGUCCUCAGCCGUGUGUCUGACGAUGCCUCAAUCCCUCAGAGGCAGCCAUUCGUUUGAUGAACGAACAAGCACCGGGGGCAUGAGGAGACUCAGGCGGCAAGCUGCUUUCGAAGUCACUGCACAUGACGGGCAUGCAGAUGCUGACAGCCAUGGAAAAAUGGGUGAGUGUGGCAUAUCAGCCUCAGGAAUGGAAAUGGAAAAUUACCCCUCAAUGGCGUCUAAUAUGAGCCAUCAGAGACAUGCAAUGGAACUGGCAACACGGAAGCGUCGGAAAGAGAAGCGGGAGGAGGAGGAGUUGCCCGUUCAGUACGAGGGCCUUCAUGAAGAGAAUGAGGAAAUGUUUGAUUCAAAACAAGACUAUGAUUCAAAACAAGCUGCUCUGGGCAUUUUGGCUUUAGGGAAAGGACAUUCUUCAAGUGUGCUCACACAAAUUGAGAGGUGUGACAUGGACAUAUCAGUGAGCCCGGAAAUAUCUAGUCGAAAAACCUUAGGGAAUGUGAUUUCAGUUAUUCAGCACACAAACUCCAUAAAUAGGCCUCACUCAGAACAGUCAGAAUCCUACAAGUAUCACGGGCACAGGCAGGAAAGUAUUUCUUUACUUCAAGCUAUGGAGGCAGGUGAAUCAUAUGAAAUGGAACGGAGUGACAGUCGACUACGGCAGUCAUUUCAAAUGGGCCCCAAACUUGUGAGACAGCCCAACAUACAAGUCCCAGAGAUCAGGGUCACUGUGGAGCCUGACAGUCCAGAAAAGGCUCCGGAGGUGCAGGUGAAGGAGCCAGAGAAGCACGUGGAGGAGUUUCAAUGGCCUCAGAGGAGUGAAACUUUAGCACAAUUCCCUCCGGAAAAACUCCCUCCAAAGAAGAAACGUCUACGACUCGCUGAUAUCGAGCACUCCUCUGGUGAAUCUAGCUUCGAGUCCGCCUGCACCAGUCUCUCCCGCAGUCCGAGCCAAGACAGCAACUUAUCAUACAGCUCCACCUUCUCCUUUGACAGGGAGGAGAGCUUGAAGUCCCUCUCUCCAGCCCGGCAGGAUGAAUUUGGCAAACCACUAGAGCUCUUAGCAGUGCCAGGGAGUGGGCACUCCCUCUCUGUGCUCACCCAGCGUCAACAACAUGAAAUGAGACGCUCUUCCUCGGAGCAGGCGCCGUGUAACUUGCGCAAGGAGUUCCCAGAGGUACGCAGCAUAUCAUUUGACUAUGGCAGUCUUUCUCCAACAUCCAAAGUUAGACACGUGGACAUCAGCGCUGGCCUCUCUGCUCUGAACGAGAGAAGGAGGGGCAACUUAGUGCGACAGGAGUCUCUGAAUAUGGACACUGAAGUUGCACAAGUCCCAUCACAAGUGUUUCCACAGUACCUCAGCAGCACUUCCCCUCCGUUCACGGCACUUACUGCUCUACCGCAGACUUUGCCAAUAUUUUCCACAGGGAAUACAUUUCCCCAGCUGUCACAUCCAAGCCUGUUAGUUCCCGUACGAAUACAGACCCAUGUGCCAUCCUACGGCAGCAUCACAUACACCUCAGUAUCACAGAUUUUUGACAAUCAGUACGACAGUGUUAGCUCUACUACAGUCACCUCUCUGCAUCAAGCUUUACGUUUGCCUGGAAUUCUUGAUUCUCAUAAUGUAUCAGCUCACACCAAACCACUCUCUUCACACACACUCAGUGUCGAAGCCCUUGAUUUGUCCUCAGCUAAACUCAAGACGGGCAUCCCACUCUCUCUGACUUCUAGAACCAUCUCAACCACUAAUGCCUCCAGCGGUGGUGCAAACAAACGGAUGCUAUCCCCCGCCAGCAGCCUCGACCUUUUCAUGGAGGUCAAGCAGCAGAAGCGCGUGAAAGAGGAAAGAAUGUUUGGGCAGAUUGUAGAGGAGAUGAGUGCUGUAGAGUUGGGAAAAUGCAAUUUGAGUGAAGAGAAGGGGCAUAGGUCAGAGAUGCAGGGUGCAUGCACACCUGAUUUAAAUAGGAGUACAUUUAUCAUGCUUCAGCAGAAAGCCACAGAGGCCACUGAUCACGGUGCCGAGUCGGCUAUGGAAAGCAGCUCCCUGGAACGCGGCUCUCCCCCUUUCUCUGUGAUAUCAGUCAGAGAAGGCAAAGGCAUUAGCAUGGAGAAACGGAUGCAGAUGGAUAUGGUGGCACAGCUGGUUACCAGUCAAGACAUCCUGACCUCAGACGUCAAGCCAUCAAGACUGUCAUCUCAGUUUCCAAGUCUUCGCACGACCACAGGUGUGAGCUGGUGUUUCCUCAACUACACCAAGCCGAGCUGCUCGCACAGCAACUCCCCUUUGUUCUCUGUGUACACCUCCUGGUGUGUGAGUUCCCACAAACCAAAUCCUCUGGAAGUGAGCACCAGUGCCGCUCUGGCACAGUUCCGGUCCAAACAGAGGGGAGACAAGGUUAUAUACACCGUGGCCGCCAUGUGUCAGCCGGGGACAGGGAAACUGGUGUCAUCGCUCAUCCUCUGGAGGCAGAGCAUGGAACAGCUGCAGAGGAAACCGGAGCCCAAAGAGGUGGACAUCGGCUACGGGAAGAAGGUGAAAGACAUUAGCUGCAGAGUGAAAACUGCCAAGGAGGAGUGGAAGGAGAGGGAGGCCACCGUGACCCAAACAGUGCCAACACGCAUUAAGAUCUUCGAGGGAGGGUACAAGUCCAGCGAGGACUAUGUGUAUGUCAGAGGUCGAGGCCGGGGGAAAUACAUCUGUGAGGAGUGUGGUAUUCGCUGCAAGAAGCCAAGCAUGCUGAAAAAACACAUAAGGACACACACCGACGUGCGACCGUACAUCUGCAGGGUUUGCAACUUCGCUUUUAAAACUAAAGGAAACCUGACUAAACAUAUGAAGUCGAAGGCGCACAUGAAGAAAUGUCUGGAGCUGGGCGUGUCAGUGACGAUGGACGAGGCAGAGAUGGAGGAACAUGUUGACGACAACCAACAAGAUUCAAAGACAGGGGUGGGGGUCACGGCCAAACAUCAGUUCUCAGACGCGGAGGAGUCGGACGGCAUGGACGAAGACGCUGAUGAAAUCGACGAAGACGACGAUGAGGAUGAUGACUACGAAGGCGACUCCACUCCAAAGUUGCGCUCAAGAAGUACAAGUCCUCAGCCCUGUGGAGUUACUUCUCUGUCAGUUACAGCCACCGCUGCCCUCCACGGCUGCUCCCUCAACUCUCUGCCCGGCACCGACGUCCGCCAACAGCCCUCUGGCAGAUGGACAGACUCCGACCAGCGGCCUGUCCUCGCCAGCGACCAUAGAGAGAAGUCUGUGGAUGAAGACUCUUUGACCAUGCUGUCUCCAGACCACGCCAGCUUCCUGUUUGACCCUUACUCCUCCUGUCUGCUCUCUCCGGGCUGGGAGUCUCCCAUCAGGGAGCCCUCGCCUUCCCGCCUGCGUUACCCAUCCCCAAGGCGAGAGCUCUCCCCGCGAGGUCGCUCCUCGCCCAGAUGGGAUACUUCCCCGCUGAGGCCCAGCUCACCCAGCUGCACGCCCAUUCAGCAUCUCUCCCCGGCUUGUAUCGAGCGACCCAUGUCUCCUGGAUCAGAGCUGUCUGGAAAGCGAGACUCCUCGAUCAGGGGCCGACAGAGAGUGGUGCUGAGAGCCGUUUCACCGCGUAGAGGUUCGCACCAACACAAAGGCGCCGGCGAUAAAACCAGACACCAAGCAAAGAUGGAGAUGGCUCACCAUCAAGGAGCCUUUGAAAUGGAAAUGGAUCAAAGAGGCAGCUUGGCUUCGACUCUCCCCGGCGCUGCCAGUUCUCAUCACCAGAACAUCCUCAGCCACCUCCCUCUGCACUCGCAGCAGCAGGCCCACAGUUUGCUCCCCGUGGUUCCUGUCGGAGGGCUCCAGAUGUUACAGUCCCCGUCCUCGUCCAGCACUGAUGUCACCUCCUCCCCGGCGCCGAGCCCACAGAGCAGCGAGAGCCAGCGCUGCAGCAGCAGAGAGGGAUCUGUCCACGAGCCCGAGACAGGAGGAGAGGACAUCGGAGGCCAGAACCAGCUCCCCUCCCACCAGGAGGAGAGCCUGAACCCUGGCGGCAGCGACACCGGACAGGAGGAGAACGUACAAACCUGUUUGAAAGCCAUCGCCUCGCUGAAGAUUACCACAGAAGAACCUCACUGAGAACCUGUUUUCUGUUUCCCCGAUCAUACCCAAGAUCGAACACCCCCCUGCUACACCUGCAACCUUGUCGUGCUCAGCCCUUUAUGCACAUAACCUCAUCUUUAUCCCAUUAGAGGCAAUAUACUGACACUUCUUCUGGUCUUGCACAUACCCCAGAGCGCUCCUUUUUAAUCUGAGUGGAGAUCUAGCCUUCGCCGAGCAGAAGGAACCCGUCCUGUCUGGUGCGCUCUUCUCUUCAGAGACUCUGAAACGACUGGACGAGCGGCAGGAGGUGUUUUGCGAGGUGGAGAAUCACUAUUGGGUGCAGGUGCAAUAUGGAAAGAUAUUAUGCUAAUAUGCCUUUUGUUUGACAUAGUAGUUUGCGUACAAUUGCACAUAAAUUAUAUUUAUGGAUUCUGUACAAAUGUACUUAACAUAUACUCCUUAGAUGCAUACAAACAGUGAAUUUUACUGUAUGUGUACUUUGAAAAUAGACUGUUGUUUAAUGUAAUCAUAUCGAGGUGUGAUGCAGUAGUGCAGUAAAUUAAGACUAUUUAUAAGGGGAGGGGGGGGGGGAGUACAUGUAUUAUGAAACAGUCUGACCAAAUUUUAAGUAGACGCUUCAUGUGCAGUUUGGUGCUUCUGAUCGAGCAGCAAGGGUCUGUGCCUUUUUUUGCUUUUUGUCGUUUCUUUAUCAGAAGGUUGUCGAGUAAACGGAAAAAAGCCGAGGUACGUUAUUCAGUGAGCGAUCGCCCAAAGGAGAGCCUUCAGUUUUUUGUUCGCUCAGCUGACAGACGGAUUGCAGCUUGAUUUAUGUGAGAUAAUCUUUAAAAAGAAAAAAAAUCUAUUUCUUAUGUUGCAUUUUUCUUAAUGUUGUGAUUUAUAUCUUGGUAAAAUGCAUGGUAUUUGCUAUUGCACAAAAAUAGAGGAAGUUAAUAUGUAAUUAUGAAUACUGUAAGAUGUAUUUAUAUAUUAGAACGUAAGCACUUAUUAAUACUGGUAAAUAUUUGACUACUAUUUAUAUGGUAUAUCUGUACUUAUGCAGCGGUUAUGCAGUUGGCAUUUGCUUUUGAUCUCAUGUCUUCGCUUUGAUUAAACAGACAGCUUUUGUCUCUCUUCUACGACCAUAAGCAUUUUAUGAGUUUGGAUUUUGAUGAUGCACUUUGAUCCGUUCAUGUUUGAUGUGGAACCGGGGAGUAAACAAAAACAAAAAAAAACGUGUUGCGUUCUCGUGUGGUUUUAUGAAACAUUCCAGGUGUUUUUUCACGUUUCUCAUUGUGUGGAACACGAGUUCAACGGGCGACGAUGAUCCGUCAGUCGCACGUUUUGCUGCAUUUCAAGUGUAACUGGAUAAAUGGAUAUCACUUACUGUGAGAAAAACUAAAGUAAUGAUGUUGAGUUGGUGGCAUAUUACUGUGCUUCAGCUAGAAAAUGUAAGUAAUCAUUCACGUUAUGCAUUACUUCUUCUCUGUAUAUAUACGUGUAUUUUUAUGAUUUAAACUAUUUUUGCAGUGUUGAAUUAUGAAAACUUUUUACGUGGAUUGUUUAUAUCUCUUUAAGAGGUAAAAUGUCUGCAGUUGACAUAUAUCAGAAGGUUUAAUGAGGGCAAACGUAUCACCCGUCUCAUCUUUAAGAAAGAAACGAGUGUGUUCACAUCUUCGAUUGGUCAGGUGACCAGUUUGAGAACGGAUUUCACAAAUCUGAAAACACUCUGUUCACUCAUGUUUACAUAAAAAAAAAAAAAAAGACGACAUUUACAAGGUGCACUGCUUUAAUUUUGUGUUUCCCUUUCUGGACAUGUACGUAGCUUUGAUUUCACGGUCAUGUAAUUUUUUGUUUGUUGUGGUAACAGUGAAGAAUGCUCAUAAAAUGUGAAGGGAAAGUGAAGCCUUUUCUUUGCUUUUGCA